AUGUCGUCCUCCUUGAACCGCUACUGGAUUCCUCAUCUGGACAUCCACAGAAAGAUCAUCACACAGGAGCUGCAAUAUCACCUUGGGCCCCAAGCAACGGUUCGGCCGUACACCUUCCAAGGCGAGGACGGCUUUCUGAUUUCGACGCCGGGCGCUUGUUUGACUGAUGAGCAGAUUGACGACAUUUGCCGCAAGUCGAGGCAGCUGUGGGAUAGACAGAUGGCGGCCAAAAUCCAGGAGAAUCCAGCGAAGGCGCUCAAGAGACCGCUCCAUCAGCCCGUCGUUGUCUCUCGGGGGCCCGGAGAAACCAUCGACAGGGGAAGCAGCCGCCGCAAUCACAACGACCGUCGCCGCGCGCCGAAGCCGGCCGGCUCAGGCUAA